CCCGAACUGAAACUUCCCUGUGCUCUCCCUCGGCAUUAUCGUCGCUUAUUUCCUCCACAGGCGUCGUCCGCCGUCGCUUGCUACCACAAAGAAUUUAGCCAUCGCCGGAAUCAGUGUGAGGCCGUGUAUGACGUGAUGCUCUGUGUUGUCAUGGAUGGCUUGAAGGGCUGAAACGAGGGUGAUGAGCGGAGAAGCCCGGGAAAUUGAUGCUAAGGUCAACGGGGACUGCAUAAUCCGCAGCCUGAAGAGCGUGAGUGAAACAUAGCGCUUUCUUGAUCUUCAGUGAUGGCUUUGGCCUCUGCUUUUCUCAGGCCUUUCGUUACUCCAGUCGCUAUUGAUCUCCGCGCGAAGACUACAACUGCUGGCUAUGCGUGGGAGAGAUUGGGAUUUAACAAGUCGCCCAGUUCGAAGUCAAACCGACUGAAGGUGUUCACACUGAAUUGUUCAAUAGAUAGGGAUACAAAUGUGAGCACAUCGAUUUUGGCGGACAGUAUUACAGAGUGCCCAAGUGAAGAACGGACCAGCGAGCCUUCCCUUUCUACAGUUUUACUGAAUUUCGAUAAUGAGUUUGAUCCUUAUGGAGCAAUGAGUACGCCAAUUUACCAAACUGCUACUUUUAAGCAGGUGAAAAUUUGA